AUGUCGGGGGCCGUGAUGUCCAACAAGAAGCUCCAGAAGAUUAUGACUCAGCCGAUUAACCUGAUUUUCAGGUUUUUCACGCAGCGCAUGAGAGUCCAGAUCUGGCUGUACGAACAGCCCGACUUGCGCAUCGAAGGCCGUAUCAUGGGUUUCGAUGAGUACAUGAACAUGGUGCUGGACGACGCAGAGGAAGUCUACUUGAAGAAGCGCACGCGCAUUCCGGUCGGGCGCAUUCUGCUCAAGGGGGAGAAUAUCACCCUCAUCACUGCCACCUAA